CUCCUGUCUUGGGUUUUGUUCCGGUGUAAUCAUCACCCAUAUAGUCCUGUUUAUGUCCUCUGUGUCCACAUAGUCACCAUCUAUCCACCUCUCCAGUAAUCAUCUUCACUUGUAUAUCUUAAGUCAUCUGUCCAAGAUGGUUUACUUGGAUUGCCCAACAGGAAACUUCUGUUCUUCAGAAAGUCAUGGUAACUGGUAGGGUGGGUUGUAUGACCUCCAUCACCCUGUCCUUACUGCCAUCCUUGCUCUUACAUCUGCAGCAUUGACAUCGUGCCUCUUUCUCUCUCAGAUCGACCUACUUUUGGAUGGCUGGUUUAUGAAUCUUGUCAUCUCUGUAGCUCUUACCUAAUGCAUUCUAAAUGAUCACCAAGACUCACAAAGUAGACCUGGGCCUUGGGCUCCUGGAGAAAAAGAAGAAGAAGAAAAAAGUGGUCAAAGAACCAGAGAUUCAAUACUCUGUCAUAAAUGAUACUAAUUAUUUUGCUGACACUUCUCCUUUGAGGGCCACAGCCCCCUCUAGGACUAUGAGCCAAGGGCAGGCACCCGAGAUGCCCCUGAUAAAGAAGAAAAAAAAAAAGAAAGGCCACAGCACCCUUUGUGAGGAGUUCCCAGAAUCUGAGCCCACAUCACGAGCCAGACAGACAAAGUUGGCCAGCCCCAGGAAGCAGGCCCUUGACCCCUCAGACUCCUUCAGUGGGGAGAAAAAAAAGAAGAAGUCCUUGCCUUUGGUGACGUCACAGGGCUCAGGGCUAAAGACCUCCCUGGUGGGUGAGGCGGCCACCAGUGCUAGUAAGAAGCUCAAAAAACACAAGAAAGAAAAAAAGGUCCGGGAUACCACAGCCGGCCCCAUCCAGGAUCCUUGGCCCUGUCAGGCUGGUGAUGCUUCAUAUGGAGGCGCUGUGGGGAAGGAGGCCGAGGAGCAGGCAGCCUUGGGGCAGAAACGGAAGCAGGGCAGCUCCAGAGAACGCAGUGGGAAAGUGAAGAAGAAGAAAGUUCACCAGGAGGAAGACACCCACCUGGGCCCCUCCGAGCUCCCCAGGUCCCAGGAGAGCAGCCCUAGGAAAGGAAGGAAGAAGAAGCCAGUCAAAGUGGAGGUUCUAGAGUACAUCCCAAUAGGAGACGACCCUAAGGCCCCAGUGAAGAAGAGGACAAAGGCAAAGAAAAAGGUAGAGCAGCCAGUUGUUGAGGAGCUGGCUCAGAAAAGGAAGAAAAAGAAGAAGAAAGAGAGCGUGGUAGCAGCAGACCCUUUGAAGGAGGAGCCAGACACAGACCUGGAGGUGGUGCUGGAGAAGAAGGGCAACAUGGAUGAGGCGCACAUAGACCAGGUGAGGCGAAAAGCCUUACAAGAAGAGAUCGAUCGGGAGUCAGGCAAGACAGAAGCUUCUGAACCCAGAACGUGGACGGGGACUCAGUUUGGCCAGUGGGAUACUGCAAGUUUUGAAAGCAAGGAACAGAAACUGAAAUUUCUCAAACUCAUGGGUGGUUUUAAGAAUCUGUCCCCUUCGUUCAGCCGCCCCCCUAGCAUGACUACAAGACCCAACAUGGCCCUCAGCAAGGCGGCAGCGGACACCCUGCAGCAGAACCUGCAGCAGGACUACGACCGGGCCAUGAGCUGGAAGUACAGCCGGGGCGCCGGCCUUGGCUUCUCUGCCACCUCCAACAAAGUCUUCUACAUUGACAAGAAUGCGUCCAGGUCUGUCAGGUUAGAAGAUUAAACACUGUCCUCUACCCAGAUAGCCCAGAUGAAAGCCACCCAGCAGCUCUCCAGGACAGAACACCCUUGGAGACUAAGGACAAAUGGGCAGCUCAUGAGUCCUGGGAGCGGAAAACCUGCUUUCUCUUACUCCUACAUCCCUGUGGUGACAUGGGCAUGUAAAUAAUGGCAGCUGACAACUGACCUUUGUUGAGGAUAUAGUUUGGCCUAGGGAAAUCCUGUUUUUGCAUUACUGUAUUUAAUGAUUAUGAAAUAGGUGCUAUUCAUGAGGCAGCUGAGAGGUUCAGGAAGUGAGUUAGAAAGUUGCCUAGGGGCACCCACCACUGAGUGCCAUGCAUUACAAGGUGGUUCCCUGAGCCCUAAGUCACUAAUCACUCUGAUGUCCCUUCUAGGGACUGACCCGGGAUUCUUGUUGGGGGUUAACGGAUGGAGGAAACAAGUUUUGUGGCAUGUCUGACUCUCAGGAAGUAGAACCGUGAUGGGGGAUUGGCAGGCUCGUUUGCCUUCCCCUGUUCGGAAUAGCUGCACACGGGCCAACAAGGAGAUGCGGCCACCCUUUCUCUGCUGCAGCUGAGCUGGGAUGCGCUUGGAUUUGGCAUUUCUGGGUGUUGGCUGGACUCUGAACAAAGCAUUCUGGAGAGCAGUUACACGAACUGAGGGCGAAGGAUCCAGUGACUUCUGUGGUGGAGGCUGAAUGCAAGGAGGCUUAGGCUGUGGAGAUGACACAGAAGGUUGCUUUACCAUGUAGGAACAGGUUCCAUGCUUGGACUCCAGUGAGCCUCACAGCUCCAGGUAUAGUGUCCACUCGGCCACCUGCCUCCCAUUCGCUACCUUGUGCAUCCGACCUAAGAGCAUCCUCUCUACUGCAGCCACAGCGCAUCUCCCAGCUGACCUCGCUCCUCCCGGGACCUGCCAGCACAUUCCAAAUCCCGGUCUAGCAGUGUUCAGGAAAAGGAGUUAACUGGGUGACACAUCUGCUCUUUGUAAGUCUUCCCUCGUGGUGUACGCAGCUCUCACUUCCAGGUGUUGGUGCUCUCCAGUUGGUGAGCAUGUGGUCUUGGAACUGAACCUGUAUGGAGUGGUGGCCCUGUAAAAGUAGAUUGUUUUUCCAAGUUCGUUUACAAAAGAAAAAGCAAAUGUCUGCUAGAAAACAAAGUUACCCAUGUUCUUUUGCAACUCCCUUUCUUAAAGGCCCAUCCUGUCCUCGGGCUGAGGACCUGAAUGACACUUGUGUGAACAAACACUGAGAGACUAUUUUUUGGAGAACAAGAUUUGAUUUUAAU